AUAACGGGAAGGGUAAACGCUCCGGUUACUCGGCGUUACUCUGUGUCUACCUGUCACGCUUCACAGUAAUGAAGCAAAAUUAGACUUUCUUAUAUUUUGAACGUUUCGUUAUUGUGGUUUUGUAGUUAAAAAGGAGGUUAAUUGUACUUAAGGUCUUGUUGGCUCCUUUCUCCGGCAUUUUACGCGCCGUGCCAGCGCAGCUGUUUGCGCACCGUCAACAUGACAUUUAUUUCAUCUGAGUAACUAAACUGUCAGGGUGACAUUAGUUACCGGUGACAUGCCUGUUGUGGCGAACCUUGGUAUGCAUGUGCGCAAUCUUUCACUGUGGAAUAAUCACGGGAGUCCGGGUGUCAUCAGGGAGAGCUGAUGUGGCCGUUUGCAGGAGCGCACCAGUUUGAUGUCAGCUGCUUUGACAGAGCGCAGGAGUGUGGGAUGCAAGAGAAACCGUAGAGACAAUCCUCUGCUACUUUUAUCUGGACUCAACACGGGCUGCCCGGAGCCAUGGCCUCUGAGGUGGUGUGCGGGCUGGUCUUCAGGUUACUGCUGCCACUGUGUCUUGCAGCUGCUUGCCUGUUCAGGUACAAUGCCCUGUCCUUUGUCUACCUCAUCUAUCUCCUCCUUAUUCCACUCUUCGCAGAACCCACAAGCACAACAAUGCAGGGCCACACAGGGCAUCUGCUGCAGUCCCUCUGCUUCACCAGUAUGUCCUUCCUGCUGCUCCACAUCAUCUAUCAGAUUACCGUCAACAGCCUCCUGGCAGGAAACACCAUCUCCUCUGACUUCAACUGUUCCACGUGGGAGAAAACCAUAAGACAAAUUGGCUUUGAGAGUGUUAUUGGUGCAGAUGCAGGGAACGGCAUUCGAGUGUUCAUCCCCGACAUCGGCAUGUUCGUAGCCGGCCUGGCCAUCUGGCUGCUGUGUCGCAGUCUGGUCCAGAAGAGGCCGCCUGAGGACAUGGCCCAGUACAACGCCGACUUUGAAGCAGAGGAACAAGACGAAGAGGAGAAGCUGAGCCUGGAUGACAACAUCCUGCUAGAGGAGGAUUUGGAAGCGGGUUACGAGGCAGAGGAGGACGAGGAGCUGGACGAGGAGGAAGAGGAGGAGGAGCUGGAUGAGGAGGAAGAGGAGGCAAAGGAGAGCACUAAGAUGAAAAUCCUGCGGCACGUGGCGGAGGUUGCAUCCAAAGUGAAGGAGAUUAUCGGGAACUUGAUCACCACUGCAGGGAAGGUGGUGGUCACCAUCUUGUUGGGCAUGACAGGCAUCAUGCUACCCUCGUUAACCUCGGCUGUCUACUUCUUCAUCUUCCUGUUCCUGUGCACCUGGUGGUCCCUCUGCCGGACCUUCAACACACUCAUCUUCAGCUGCAUGUGUGUCCUGAUGGCCAUCUUUAAUGCUGGACACAUCAUUGUCCUCUACCUCUACCAGUUCCAGUUCUUCCAGGAGGCUAUCCCACCAGACGACAGCUACAUCAGUGUAUUUGGCAUCUCCCCCAUUGUUCAGAGCAACUGCUCCUACACAUGGAAGCUCAUGGUGCACCCGGACCGCAAGUGGUAUCACUUUGUCAGUCCCAUCAUGCUGCUGCUUCUCUACUACACUCUUGCCACGCUCAUCCGCCUCUGGCUGCAGGAACCCGUUGAGCAGCUGACGGACGACAAGGACGGCGAUAUGUGCGAGGGGGAAGAUCUGGUCGGAAACAAAACAAAUAACUCAGCCAACAGGAAGAGGCAGCUGUGGUGGGAAUCACGCCAGGGCACGGAUGAGAAAAACCUGCUCUCCACCCAGGAUGGCAUCAGUACAACCGAGGCUGUGCCCACCUCAAACGGAACGUCUUUUGACUUCGUGACAGUUGAGAACGGUCCAGUCUGUCUGGACUUGUAUUCAACCCCCCAGUAUAAAAUGGACCAGCCCAGUGACGGUACAGAGAAGAAAGAUGAGUGUGUGUAUGAAGUGUGUUUGCCCCCGGAGGAUUCGCUGUUGGAGGGAGGAGUGGAGAAGUCUGAGGAAGGCGAAGAUAGGAUGAAGAAAAGAGGACUCAGUACGAUGGUCAAAAUCUUCCACUUCAUCAUGAAACAGAGCUACAUCUGUGCUCUCAUAGCCAUGAUGGUGUGGAGCAUCACAUACGUGAGCUGGCUUACGUUUGUCUUCCUCAUCUGGUCUUGCAUGCUGUGGAUGGUGAGGGACCGGAGACGUUACGCCAUGCUGUCUUCUCCCUUCAUGGUGGCCUAUGGAAACCUAAUGAUAGUUCUGCAGUACAUUUGGACUUUUGAGAACAUGACAGAAGUCUCAGGGUUUUUUGUAAAGAAGAACAACCCUUUCCACUCACUUUCAUCCAAGGUCCUGUGUCUCCUGAGCUUCUGGCUACUGCUGAGACAAACGCUCACAGAGAGAUGGGAAAAACAAAAGGAAGACAGUGAUGUUCUCUCAGGCGUUCAUGUGGAAGAUCAGAAGAGCAGGGAGGAAGAGGACUUAGAGGAAGAAGGGGAGCAGGACACCAUGCAUGUUCUGGGUAACAUGGUAAUGGCUCUGCUGGUUAAAUACUGGAUCUACAUCUGUGGUGGCAUGUUCUUCAUCGUGAGCUUUGAGGGCACCAGGGGAAUUGUCAUGUACAAGAUCAUCUACAUGAUGAUGUUCCUCUCUUGUGUGGCGCUCUAUCAGGUGCACUUUGAGUGGUGGCGAAGGAUCCUGAAGUACUUCUGGAUGUCUGUGGUGAUGUACACCAUGCUGGUCCUCACCCUGGUCUACACCUUCCAGUUUGACAAUUGGUCUUCCUUCUGGUGCAAGAAGCUGCGCAUGGACAAAGACAGAUUGAACGACCUAGGCCUGGAGAAGUUUUCACUUUCUGACCUGUUCAUCAAGAUUUUCAUCCCAACUUCCUUCCUGCUGGUGUGUAUUCUUCACCUGCACUACUUCCACGACCGCUUCCUCGAGCUCACCGAUCUCCAGGCUGUAGUGGCCAAAGAGCAGAGCACUAUAUACAGAUUGGUGGGAACCGACGGCAGCCUGGCAGACCUCACCAUGCUCAGCGCCAGCUCAGUGGAGGCAAUAAUGCUCAGAGGGGGGCCAGAGCCACAGGAGGAGCAGGUGGAGAUGGGGGUGCAGGAGGAGCAAGAAAAGCAGGAGAAGGAGAGGGAGUGGGGGACAAAGGAGAGGGAAAAGGAGAAGGACCAAGCCCUGGUGGUGGUGAUGUAUGACACUGACGUGACCGACGAGAAGCCCAAGAGCUUCUCCAGCCAGCGGCAGUCCAGCACAGAGGAGAGCCACCACUGCAGUGCGAGGACCGAGCCAGAGCCGAGCACCGAGCAGAGCUCAGAUCUGAAGAACAAAUGGCACCUGGUGGUCGACCGUCUGACUGUGCUCUUCCUCAAGUUCCUGGAGUAUUUCCACAAACUGCAGCUGUUCAUCUGGUGGCUGCUUGAGAUCCACAUCAUCAAGAUCGUGUCCUGCUACAUUUUCAUGGUCUCGGUCAAAGAGGUGUCUUUGUUCAACUAUGUGUUUGUGGUGUCCUGGGCCUUCGCACUGCCCUACAGCCGGUAUCGGCCCCUUGCCUCCAGUGUUUGCACUGUCUGGACGUGUGUCAUCAUUGUAUGCAAAAUGUUGUACCAGCUCAAGUCUAUAAACCCGCCAUCGUACUCCUCAAACUGCUCGACGACCCAACAAUACCUAGGCUACACAGAAAAUAAGCAGAAAGAGAUGAAGGAGUCUGUGCUGUAUGAGGGCCUUGUGGAUCCAGCCAUGUGGGUGGGCCUGGAGAAGUCCAAUGACCUGCUGGGCUACCUCAGGAACAACCUCUUGAUGCUGGCUGUCUUAGCAUUCGAGGUGACCAUCUAUCGCCAUCAGGAGUACUUCAGACUGAGGAACAAACUGUCGCCUCCCGCUGCCAGGAUUAUCUUCCAUGAUAUCACACGGCAGCAUUUAGACAUUGGCAUCAUCAACUUCAUCAAAUACUUCAUCAACUACUUCUUCUACAAGUUUGGACUUGAGACGUGCCUGCUGUUGGUGGUCAAUGUAAUCGGACAGCGUAUGGACUUCUAUGCCAUGCUUCAUGCCUUCGCUUUGAUAGCAGUGAUGUAUAAACGCAGGAGGAAAGCCAUUGCUGAGAUCUGGCCAAAGUACUGCUGCUUCCUGGCCUGCAUGCUUACUUUCCAGUACUUUAUCUGCAUUGGGAUCCCACCAGCAGCGUGUAAAGACUAUCCCUGGAGGUUUCCCAACUCUACUACAGACUCCAACGUGGUCAAGUGGUUCUACGCUCCAGAUUUCCUCACCAAGCCCAAUUCAGCGUUCCUCAUCUAUGACUUCAUGUUGCUGCUGUGUGCCUCUCUCCAGAGGCAGGUCUUUGAUGAUGAGAACAAGGCUGCAGUCCGCAUCAUGGCUGGAGACAACGUGGAGAUCUGCAGAGACCUGGACGCAGCCUCUUUCAGCGUCCACAACCCGGUCCCGGACUUCAUCCACUGCAGGUCCUACCUGGACAUGCUGAAGGUCAUCAUGUUUAGCUACCUGUUCUGGUUUGUCCUCACCAUCAUCUUCAUCACGGGAACCACACGCAUCAGCGUCUUCUGUAUGGGCUACCUGGUGGCCUGCUUCUACUUCCUGCUCUUUGGUGGUGAGCUGUUGCUCAAACCAAUAAAAAAGAUCCUCCACUACUGGGACUUCCUCAUCGCCUACAACAUCUUUGUAAUCACCAUGAAGAACAUUUUAUCUAUCCUGGCUUGUGGCUACAUCAACAGUCUGAUAAAGAACCACUGCUGGUUGAUUCAGUUGUUCAGUCUGGCCUGCACCAUCAAAGAAUACAAAAUCACCAUCGACCAAGAAAAUUUAGAUGUGGAUCAGCGCUGUGAGCUGCCCAGCAACGAGGCCGGGAUCAUCUGGGACAGUAUCUGCUUUGCCUUCCUGCUGCUGCAGAGACGAGUCUUUAUGAGCUACUACUUCCUCCAUGUGGUGGCUGAUAUCAGGGCAUCACAGAUUCUCGCAUCCAGAGGGGCGGAGCUUUUUCAGGCCACCAUAGUGAAAGCAGUGAGAGCCAGACUGGAAGAGGAGAGCAAAUCUGUGGAGCAGCUGAAAAGACAGAUGGAACGCAUUAAGGUGAGGCAGCAAAAGUUUAAGAGGGGCAAGGAGAGGAUGCUGAGCAUGGCGCAGGAGUCUGGAGAAGGAAAGACCUUCGUCCAGCCCGAGGAGGAUGAUGAUGAUGGAGCACAGCGAACGAAAGCCAAGACCAAAAAAAAGCAGUGGUGGAGGCCGUGGGUUGACCAUGCUUCCAUGGUUAGAAGUGGAGACUAUUACUUGUUUGAAACUGACAGUGAGGAGGAAGAGGAGGAGGAGGAGAAAAAAGACGAUGAACUGCCCAAGAAGUCGGCAUUUCAGCGAGCUAUUGGGAAGUUUGUCUCUGCUGUUCUGGCUUUGCCCAAGUCUAUCAUUAAGCUGCCUAAAACUAUACUGCAGUAUGUAGUCAAGGCAGGCAAGUUUCUUUAUCACGCCUGGAUCACAGAUCCCAAAGCUGCCCUGAGGGCACGAGGCAAAGAGAAACGCAAAUUCUGGAAAAAAUACACCAAGGGAGUUAGACACAGAAAAAGCAAGAAAGAUGCAGGUCAUGUGGCCAUAGAGGUUGGUGAGCUCUCAGAUGGGCAAGAAAAAGGAGAAGAGAACAAGAAGUCUGGUGCUCCAGAUAACAUCAUAAAGCGAGUGUUCAACAUCAUAAAGUUCACCUGGGUGCUUUUCCAGACUACAGUGGACAGCUUUACCAAGUGGAUGAACGACAUGUGCAGGGAGUACAUCGACAUCUCCACUGUGCUGCGUAUAGAGCGCUGCAUGCUGACCCGAGAGGUCAAAAAGGGCAAUGUGCCGUCCAGAGAGAGCAUCCACGUCUACUACCAGAAGGCCAUGAGGCUCAACAUGUCCAGGCAGGCCAGUAUGGAUCAGCUAAGUGAGGACGAAUCCGCCUCGGGCUCCAACAGGGUUCGAAGAAGGAGAGGAGGCUACCGCAUGGAGAGCCAGGACUCCACAGCAUCCAGAGACAGCAUAUCCAGUGCCCAAACCGAGGCAACCACACUGUUUUCUCGCCAAUCCACCCUGGAAGACCUCGAUGGAAUGCCAGAGUGCAUUCCCAAAACCAGCGAGCGCGCCAGGCCCAAACUGCGCAAGAUGUACGGCCUGGACAUGUCCAAUUCAUCAAUGGACAGUUGCAGCAGCUUCAUGUCCAGUGAAGCGACCCAGUGUGUCACGCUCUUCUCCAGACAGGGCACCGCUGACGUCAUAGAAGAAGUGGAGGACGAGCAUGAUCAAGAGGAAGAUAAGCAGCAGGUUCCCUGUGAAUCCCAACAGCUAGGUGAGAGUCAGGGGGCUGAGGGCGGCCCCUGGAGUGAUAGAGAACCCAUGGAGAGACAGGAUGAGGGCCAGGAGGGACUGGAAGGUGAGGAGGGAGUAGAGGUUUCAAAGGACCAUGAGAGAAAAGACAGAGAAGAGGCUCCCUGGGAUUCCUUUGGCCUAGAUGAGGGCCCCUCCCUCCGGCCGGAGGAGGCAGAGUCUGCCGCUUCUGCCCAGGAGAAGGACUACAUCACUGAGAUUCAGGACGAGGGAGGACAUCAGGAUUUCAUGCAGACAGGGGGACGAGUAGGGUUCCUCUACACCCCUGAUACAGAUGCUUCUAAAACGUCUGAUGCGGACGUGCCUCCCAGCUACAGCAAGGCAGUCAGCUUUGACCGUCUAGAAGUUAGUGACGACGAGAGUGACAUGGAUAGGAAGAGGCGUAUGGUUAUGACCUCUGACAGCCGCUCAGACAGCAGGUCAGACAUCAUGUUGCCCUCUAUGACCACUGAGCUCACCGCCAGCGAGUUGCUGCUCAACAAGAUGUUUUAUGAUGAGGAGCUGGAGCAGUCAGAUACGUUCUACCAAAAACAGCCUCUGAUCCUCCAGCUCUGCUACGCCCUCUACAACAUGCUGGUGGCCAACUCAGAGAUGGUGUGCUACCUGGUCAUCAUCAUCAACCACAUGGUGUCGGCCUCCUGCGCCACCCUGGUCCUUCCCAUCACCAUCUUCCUCUGGGCCAUGCUGUCAGUGCCCCGGCCCAGCAAGCGCUACUGGAUGACUGCCAUCGUCUAUACUGAGGUCACAAUCGUCGUCAAGUACUUCUUUCAGUUUGGCUUCUUCCCCUUCAACCAGAACAAGAUAGAUAAGAAUAAACCAUAUCACCCUCCCAACAUCAUCGGUGUGGAGAAGAAGGAUGGCUACGUCCACUACGACCUGAUCCAGUUACUGGCUCUCUUCUUCCACAGAUCCAUUCUGAAGUGCCACGGUCUAUGGGACGAGGACGACCCCAAAGAAAGGAAAGAGCCCUCACGUCAGAGUGAGUCAGAGGACGAGAGAAGAGAUGAGGAGCAGAGUGAAAAGGAGUCUGAAACUGAGUCCUCACUGUUCAAUGAGAGAAGAGGCUCCACUCACACCUUGAGAUCCAUGAGCUUUGGGACCUCCAUUGAUUCAGGACAUGUCCAGGUGCACCUCCCACAACAGCAGACCUACCAGCGCCGCAAGAGUUCCAGCGGAGGCUCGCACAUCUCUCACCGAUCUCUCCACUCCUCUGCAAGGUCCAAGAGAGGAAGUACAGCUUCCCACAACAGCAGCCGCAAGGAAGGCAGCGAGGCCAGCGUCCAUCAGAAGACCCGCAAACAGAUGAUCAUGGAGAAGCUGAGGGAGCAGCUCCUCAAAGGGAAAGCUUUCAUCCUAAAGCGGUUCAUGGAGAUCUACCUUCCUAUGAAGCAGUUCUUCUAUAACUUGAUCCAUCCAGAGUACAGUGCAGUCACAGACGUCUAUGUGCUGAUGUUCCUCGCUGACACGGUGGAUUUCAUAAUCAUUGUGUUCGGAUUCUGGGCAUUUGGUAAACACUCUGCUGCAGACAUCACGUCGUCUCUGUCGGAGGAUCAGGUGCCGGGACCUUUCCUGGUCAUGGUCCUGAUCCAGUUUGGGACUAUGGUGGUGGACAGGGCCCUCUACCUCAGAAAGUCUGUCGUGGGCAAGGUCAUCUUCCAGGUCAUCCUGCUCUUUGGCAUCCACUUCUGGAUGUUCUUUAUCCUGCCAAUAGUCACAGAAAAGCGUUUCAGCGAGAACAAAGUCGCUCAGAUGUGGUAUUUUGUCAAGUGCAUCUACUUUGGGCUGUCAGCCUAUCAGAUACGCUGUGGUUAUCCCACCCGCGUUUUGGGAAACUUCCUCACCAAGAGCUACAAUUAUGUCAACCUCUUCCUGUUUCAAGGUUUUCGCCUGGUGCCGUUCUUGACGGAGCUGCGAGCCGUGAUGGACUGGGUUUGGACGGACACCUCGCUGUCUCUGUCCAGCUGGAUCUGUGUGGAGGACAUCUACGCUCACAUCUUUAUCCUUAAAUGCUGGAGAGAGUCUGAGAAGAGGUAUCCCCAGCCGCGAGGCCAGAAGAAGAAGAAGGUGGUGAAGUACGGGAUGGGAGGGAUGAUUGUAGCGCUGCUGAUCUGUAUCGUCUGGUUCCCGCUGCUCUUCAUGUCCCUCGUGAAGUCUGUAGCUGUCACCAACCCACCGCUGGAUGUUUCGUUUGAAAUCACCCUGGCCGGCUUUCAGCCUAUCUUCACCAUGAGCGCUCAGCAAAAACAACUGCAGAAUGUGACACGCACUGAAUAUGAAAAGUUUGUGAAGAAAUAUGUAGAUGAUGAAGCCUUGCAGUGGCUGGAGGGCUACAUGGCAGAGGACCUGAUCAUCGCAGAGCUUAAAGGCAGCUCCAACUCACUGUGGACCAUCAGUCCACCCAGCAGGACCAACCUGAUAGAGAUGUUGGGCAGUAAUGAGGAUUUCCCCACCACUGUGUCCUGGUCUGUGCAAAGAAACCUCAGUCUUGGUGCCAAAGCUGAAACAGCGUCUGGAAAACGAGUGACAUAUCUAGACAAACAAACAAAGGAAAACCUCAUAGCGCUUCUAAAUGGAACAGGAAGCGACAAACAAGUGACGCUAGCGAGUACCUUCCCUCGUUAUAUCCGGGCCCCCAGUGACUCCGAAGCCAAGCCUGCUGGGCCCCUAUAUAAAGAUGAAAACACGAUGUUCAACAUAACCGUGACCUUGAAGCGAGCUCAGAAUAUCUCAGAUCAGAUCCAGGAGUGGUGGAUCGUCAACCAGACGGAGCUGGGCCCGAUAGAAAAGAGGAAUCCAAAAUACAAGUAUGAGGCAGGCCUGGAGGUCUACAUCUUCAGCGACCAAGUUAGCCCGCCCAGUUUGGGCUUUCUGGCUGGAUAUGGGAUCAUGGGCUUGUAUGCCUCUGUGGUUCUGGUCAUCGGCAAGUUUGUGCGCGAGUUUUUCAGCGGGAUCUCCCACACCAUCAUGUUCGAGGAGCUGCCCAACGUGGACCGCAUUCUCAAGCUGUGCACAGACAUCUUCCUGGUCCGAGAGACAGGAGAGCUGGACCUGGAGGAGGACAUGUACGCCAAACUCAUCUUCCUCUACCGCUCGCCAGAGACUAUGAUCAAGUGGACACGAGAGAAAACUCAGUGAAACUCAGAAAGGGGACUUUAACUAAUGAAGGCGAGUUUUUUGGACGGGAGCGCUCAUGCGGAAUAACUGGGUUGUCUCUGUUGGUGUGAGCAGCUAUUUCAGCCCAUUCACCUGCUGAGGGAGCACAAAGCAGCUGAGGACCAACCCUGUCCUCUUAAACUGAGCUCUGCUGGCAGUGAAACAUUGUUAGCUUUACACUAAAACACUUUUUUUCCAGUUAUAAACUGAUAUUUUCUACUAUUUACCGAUUAAAAGUAACAAUAAUUGCAGUCAUAUUACAAACAAUUGAGGACAAACAUUUGCCGGUGCUGUAUUUCUCUCAUGAAACCUGGCUCAGUUUGGCAUCGAGUGGAUAAAAUAGCAGCAGCUGGCGUUCCAUCGGAGACGGAAAAAUGUAAACUGAAAUGCAAAAGAGCCCUCAUUGCUCGUUACGCCUGCAUCCAACAUUUUCACCAUAAAGAGAAGCUCAAACUGAAUGCAACAUUAAUCUUCAAGGGCUUCCCACCAUCAAAUAAAGUGCACAAUAAUGAGCACAAUUUAAUAUUCUCUCAAACUGGAACACUUGGAUUGUGGGACUGUGCAAUACUGAGCUCUCAUUUUCUCCAAGUUUUCGAAGGAUGUGGACUGAUGGAAGAGGCCAGUUCUGACCAAGAUACAUGAACCACUUUUUUUUUGUUUGUUUUUUUACGUCAGAGGCCACAUGGGAGCCUCUCCAGAGACAAAUCUUUUCUUGCCUUAUUUUGUUUGUAUGAGAAGAACUCUCAACUAUCUUUCUCAGGAAGAGCAGUUUUCACAGAUAUUCAUCGUGUGAGUUUUAUGUUACAAUAUGUAGGCUUUGAUGGAUCUAAAAGUACGAGAUUGUAGAAAAGAUGAAAACUAUUUAAAUGGCAUGAAAUUUUACGUGGAUAUUGCUCAGACGGACAGGGAAACAGUUUAAGGCCGUCUGAAAAAUAAAUAAAUGGAUCGCCGUGUACUGUUUCCCUCACAGAUUAAUUGCCAAGCGUCCGUGUUCUGAAUCAGCUACAGGUUGGCUAGAGUCGAGACCAGCAGAGGGCUGUUUCUGAAUCAGGAAAACGUGCAUUGGGUGGCAGACUCUUGCACAUCACUUGUGAACCUCUCGCUGUUUUUAACAUUCAUACUGAUGAACACUGAGUAACCACGGCUGUGCAUUCAGUUGUCAAGGAAGAAACAAGCAGACACAAAAAAAAGAUUCCUCACAUGAAGGGCUGAAACACGAAGCCCUUAGGUUCAAACUAUGCAUUAGAGGACAUUGUAGCAUGAUAGAAAAACUUCAUUAUUGUCAUGACUAAUUUUAAUUACAUGUACAUACAAGUUUAAGGGGACAGGUCAGGGUGGAAUGAAAUGUGAAAUUUUGCCUGUAUGCUAAGGCUAAUGCGGUAUGAUAGAGGUUCAGAGAUCUGCAAAUAAAACGUCUGGAAAGGUGUUGAGUUUUGCUUUCAGCUGCUGUUUGCCUGUGGAGAAUCAAUGUGUUGGUUCACGAGUGUUUCAACAGGAUUUUGAAAACAGCUGCAGCUGACUGACCCUGUGAUCCUCUGGUUUAAAGAUGGCCGCCACCACUAACCACACCUACCGUAUCAACCUUACUUUCUUACCUUGGAUUUUAUUUAAUACAAUGCAUAAACAAAUUUUAACAUCA